AUGGCAAGCGCUGUUAUGAACCCCGUAGGCGAGGAAAAGAUGGAGGAACAACCUCAAGAGGUACGUGUUCUAGGUUAUUACCUUAUUGUUUUUAGAGGAUGUACGUUUUAUUUUUUCUAACGUUUAUUUUAAAAAUUGGAAGAAGUGUCUUUGCUGCGUAUUAAGUUAGAAAAUUUUAUAUUGACAAAACUAUGUUUUAGACGUUAGCUUCGCUAAAUCAACCAAAAACAGAUGAAGAAAAAGAAAUUUUUGAUCAAUGUUUGGAAUACUUAGAAAACAUGCUACAAUAUGAUGUACAGAAGUAUGUGCCGGGUGAAGAUCAUUAUUUUAGAAACAGGGCAGCUUAUGCAGUCUAUGGCAAGAACUAUACCAAAAGUCCGGCUAAAUUCAUCUGUUUUACUUUGCCAAACUGCAAAAAUGGAUCGUAUGUUUUUUCUUCAUUGUGUGUUUUUGUUUUUAGAGUGUCUGUGUUGGUUAUAUUGAAUUUUAAAUUUAGUAAACUUGUUAAAGACAAUAAAGAGGAAUACAAAGGGUAACAUUGAUCUAAAAUAAUAAAUUUGGGCUUUAGAGAGCGUUACGUCUCCGUAGCAAAGCACGAUCACGCUAUAGUGCUAGGAAGUUUAUGUAGAUCAAAAGGAGAUGCUAAAUAUACGGCAAUUGAAUCAUUUUUGAGGUUUAAUGGCUAUGCAUAUGCUCUUGAGGAAAGGAAGAUCAAGGAGACGAUCUUAGCUGGUGGAACUCCUGCAAAACGAGCUCAUGACGAAGGGAUUGAACAGGUAACGGUGAAUGUAUGUAAAUCUUUCUGUGUACGUAAUUAGCUGUACUGUAGACUUUGUGGUCAUUAACAUGUUUUUCCAUUUUUUUUGUUCUUUAUAUUUUUAUAGUUUAUUUUUAAAAAAUGUGUAUUUUGAUAUUAUUUUUCAGACUUUCGAUACCUAGUUUUAAAAAAAAUUUUAAUUAUUAUUAUUUUUAGCCAGCAGCAAAGAAGUCUGACGUAAAUCCGGUUGAAUUCGAUUCAAAUGAACAACUUUCUGCUGGAACUCAACAUUAUCUGAUAACAAAGCCAAAGAAUCCUUCGUGUUUGGUCAAUGAAUUCUUGGCUAGUAAUGGUCACAAAGCAGCUCAGUAUAAUGUGGAACUUGUUGAGUAAGUCAAAAUUUUAUUGUUUUUUUAUUUUUAGGUAAUAAAUUUGAUAAAAAUUUAGCUUCUGGAACACAAAAAUGUUCUCCUUGGUUCAUAAUGGUAUUUGAGAUGUGUUAGUUAGAUCUAUAUUUAUAUUUUAGAGGCGGAUUCAAAGCCGAAUGCACAGCCAAAGACUACAGCGUUUUUUGGAGUUGUGGCGAGAAGCAAGCAGUUAGCGAAACAUUCGGCCGCUCGAAAGAUGCUUGA